AAAUCUGUUGCAAAUGUCUUAUUGACCCAUGGUUGUAUCUUGCAGCUUAGAUUACUGCUGAUUUGAUCCUCUGGAAUCUGCAGAAGGAAAUUCUGCCAGCCUCUGUGAAUAGCUUUGCAGUGAAGCAGGAGUGGAGUCCCUGAGCAGAAUUGCUGAGAGAUAUGUGAACAAGCAUAAGCAAGGCUGAGCACAUCAGUACCUGGGCUUGUUCCUCGGGGACAGUUUGUGUGUGGGGGGUAAUACCCUCUUGGCACCUGGAGAUGAUGUCGGUUGAAGGGUCUACAAUAACAAGUCGGAUCAGAAACCUGCUUCGCUCCCCUUCCAUUAAGCUGAGAAGAAGCAAGCCUGGGAACAAGCGUGAAGAUAUAGGCAAUAAGGUGACCUUGGAAAAAGUGUUGGGGAUAACCGUGUCGGGAGGCAGAGGAUUAGCCUGCGACCCCAGAACCGGACUCGUUGCUUAUCCAGCAGGAUGUGUUGUUGUGCUGUUCAACCCUAGAAAAAAUAAGCAACAUCAUAUUCUAAACAGCUCCAGGAAAACAAUCACAGCUCUUGCUUUCUCUCCAGAUGGAAAAUAUCUGGUUACAGGAGAGAGUGGACACAUGCCUGCUGUUCGGGUAUGGGACGUGGCUGAGCGGACCCAGGUGGCUGAGCUCCAGGAGCACAAGUAUGGCGUGGCCUGUGUGGCGUUCUCCCCCAGCUCCAAGUACAUUGUUUCAGUGGGGUACCAGCAUGACAUGAUUGUCAACGUGUGGUCAUGGAAGAAAAACAUUGUGGUGGCAGCCAACAAGGUAUCAAGUAAAGUGACAGCUGUGUCAUUCUCGGAGGACUGCAGUUACUUUGUCACUGCUGGAAAUCGGCAUAUCAAGUUCUGGUACCUAGAUGACAGCAAAACCUCCAAGGUGAAUGCCACAGUCCCCUUGCUAGGUCGCUCAGGUUUGCUUGGGGAACUGAGGAACAACUUCUUUGCGGAUGUGGCGUGCGGAAGGGGCAAAAAAGCCGACAGCACCUUCUGUAUCACAUCCUCAGGCCUGCUGUGUGAAUUCAAUGAAAAAAGGCUGCUGGACAAGUGGGUGGAGCUGAGGAAUACAGACAGCUUCACAACCACUGUGGCAAACUGCAUCUCUGUGAAUCAUGACUACAUCUUCUGCGGCUGCGCUGAUGGCACCGUGCGGAUUUUUAACCCCCUGAACCUUCACUUUGUCACCACGCUGCCGAAACCACAUUUCUUGGGAACAGAUAUCGCGAGUGUGACUGAGGCCAGUCGUCUUUUCUCUGGUAUGGCUGAUGCAAAGUAUCCAGACACCAUUGCCCUGACCUUUGACCCCACCAACCAGUGGCUUUCCUGUGUAUACAACGACCACAGCCUGUAUGUGUGGGAUGUCAAAGACCCGAAGAAAGUGGGCAAGGUUUACUCCGCUUUGUACCACUCAUCCUGCGUAUGGAGCAUUGAGAUGUAUCCGGAGGUGAAGGACAACAAUCAGUCAUGCCUACCCCCUGGUUCCUUCAUCACCUGUUCCUCUGACAACACCAUUCGUCUCUGGAACACUGAGAGCUCCAACAUUCAUGGCACAGCCUUGCACCGCAACAUCCUCAGCAACGACUUGAUGAAAAUCAUCUAUGUAGAUGACAACACUCAGGUACUCCUGGAUACUGAUUACAACUCAGGUGGGAGUGCGGACAAAGCCGAUGCACAAGUGAUGGAUACAAAGGUGGGGAUACGCUCUGUGUGCGUGAGCCCCAGUGGGGAGCACCUGGCCUCGGGGGACAGGAUAGGUACUCUCAGGAUAUAUGAGUUGCAAUCUUUGAGGGAAAUGCUGAAGGUGGAAGCCCAUGACUCUGAGAUCCUAUGUCUGGAGUAUUCCAAACCCGACACAGGGUUAAAGCUGUUAGCCUCAGCCAGUCGGGAUAGAUUGAUUCAUGUCUUGGAUGCUGGAAAGGACUACAGCCUGCAGCAGACCCUGGAUGAACAUUCCUCUUCCAUCACUGCUGUGAAGUUUGCAGCUAAUGAUGGGAAAGUGCGCAUGAUCAGCUGUGGGGCAGACAAAAGCAUCUAUUUCCGUACUGCGCAGAAGACAGGAGAAGGAGUUCAGUUUACCCGAACACAUCACAUUGUUAGGAAAACCACUCUGUAUGACAUGGAUGUGGACCCCAGCUGGAAGUAUGCUGCUAUUGGCUGCCAGGACCGUAAUAUCAGGGUUUUCAACAUAAGCAGUGGGAAGCAGAAGAAGCUUUACAAGGGAUCUCAAGGUGAAGAUGGUACCCUCAUCAAAGUGCAAACUGAUCCAUCUGGUCUUUAUAUUGCAACCAGUUGUUCUGACAAGAACCUCUCCAUUUUUGAUUUCUAUUCUGGCGAGUGUGUUGCUACCAUGUAUGGACACUCAGAGAUCGUAACUGGGAUGAAAUUCACUAAUGACUGCAAACAUCUGAUCUCUGUUUCUGGUGACAGCUGCAUCUUCAUAUGGCGUCUGAGCUCAGAGAUGACCAUCAACAUGCGACAGCGACUGUCUGACAUGAAACAGAGAGGGAAGCAGGCAGAAAAGUCUCCUCCACACAAGACAGCUGGACUUGUGAGGCACGAGUCCAUCUCUGCCUUAUCAUCCGUGCCUGCACUCUCAUCAGACAGCGACAAGGAUGGUGAAGAUGAAGGGAAUGAUGAAGAUGAGUUACGUGGGCUGCAGUCUUUCCAUGUUCAGUCCAACUGUAACACUGAGAAAGACUCAGAUCCAGACCUUACCCUCUCAAGAAGCCUUUCCCACUGGGAAAUGAGGAGGGCUAAAGAGAUAGCAGCGAUCCAGCGCUCAGAGGCAGCAGUGAGCAAGAUGCCCCGGCAGCGUGGGCGCUGGUCCCAGCCAACCAGCAACAUAGAGAUGACUGUCAAGUCCAUGCUUGACUUACGUCAGUUGGAGUCUUUCUCUGUUUCCCGUUCCCCAAGUCGAGACUCACUGUCCCAAAACAGCAACGGGGAUGACAGAGAAGAGCAGGCGGAUGUCCUUGUGCACAUCAACAAAGUUGGAGGCUCGAUAGCUCCCCAAGACAACCGGCCUUGUGUGCGACCCCAAGUGAUUCGGCUUGUGUCUUGUGAAGAGGGGAUUUUCUCUCAGGAACUGGAACCUUCUGAGAGUGAGGAGUGUGUCAUCUACCCUGAGCAAGAUGAGAUCCAUCCCACAGACCCUAGCAGUGAGUUCCAGGUAAAAGCGUUGCCCCAUGGGAAGCUAAAUAGAGGUUAUCACAGUAAUGGAUGCCCAGACAAACACAGCCCUGACAGUGCUUGCUCUGUAGAUUACAGUAGUAGUCGUCUGUCCAGCCCAGACCAUCCGAAUGAAGAUUCUGAAAGCACUGAGCCCCUAAGUGUGGACGGCAUCUCAGACCUGGAGGGUGAAGAGGGAGAGGAGGAUGCGGGUACUGGCAUGCCAGAGGGAGAAAUCCCCCGGACACCUGAUCAGGAAAAGUUCCUCAGGCAGCAUUUUGGGACCUUGGGCAACACUGACGGAAAAGGUGGCUCAUGUAGAACUCUGGAAAGAACUGAAAACCUCAGCAUUUCCUCUCGCUUUCUUUCCCAGUCCCCAGCUCUCAGACAUUUGUCACUCUCCUCAUCAAAUCUGAUACUGGAUUCAAAGUCCAUCGAGCCUGCAGCCCAGACCAAUCGGAUUACUCUGGACCUGCUGAAAAAUAGCAGUAGCCAUCCUGGUGAUGCUUUGGAGAACAGCCACCUCCCGGAGAGUGUGAAUUCCCAUCGGGCUGUUUACGCCCAGAAAAAACGCAAGUCAGCUUUAGAGGCCGGCCGAGUUGGUAUGGGUCCUGGACGAGUUAUUGCAUCCUUUCCAGAAGGCCCUGUGAAUACAGUGAUGAGAAAGGCACAGUCGGUUCAUGACCUCAUUCAUGAGGAUAAGGGACCUGGAGUGAUAUCCUCUGCCAAGCAGCGUCCUCACACUCUUAUGGUGGUUGAGAAAGACCCCAGAGCUAACAAUUGCAGGGUGUUGUCGGCCAGUCUGUUGAAGAUGGAUGGAUCUGGUGCUGUGCUGGCCAAAGAUGUCAGGGCUGCAAAACCAAAGUCCUACAUGAACCCCACGACCAGCUUCCGGGCAAAGAUGUCGCGGAGCAUAUCUGUAGGGGAAAAUCUGUACCUUGGUUACUCCACUGAAAUGUUAACUGAGGAGACGACUAGCCCUCCAGUGGCGGAGAAGAUGCAGCUUAGUCCCCCAGCAGAUGCUGAGAAGAAUAAGUUACCAGUGAGAGAAAAAGAAAAUGUUCCAGUGAAGCCAGCACUUCAGCCAGCUGUAAACUGCUCAUCUCCCAAGUCCUUUCAUAGCAAGUUGGCAUCAUCAAACCGAGCACACCUGAUCCUUGACAUUCCCAAGCCAUUGCCUGAUAGACCUACACUGGCCUCCUUCUCACCCACUACCAAAUCCAAAACCCUGCUUGAGCCACAGUCUCCACAGUCACCUGCUGGGGCCUGUAAAAAGAAACCUUUUCCUGAGGGCCGAGCCCCCAAGAGGGAGAAUCAGACUACUGGGUCUCUGGUUCCUGGUAGAGAGAUUCCUCUAGGACUUACUAAGGAGAGCCCAAUGGAGAGUCUGGGCUCAAGGACAGGUUGCCAGGACGAGCCAGGGGUCACUAAUCCAAGACUGCGAGAGUCUUCAGAGGGCCGACAUCCAAGGUCUCCUGAGAGCGUAUUGCCUAGGUACAGGGAGAGGAUCACUGGCAUUGCCUGCGUGCUAGAUGACCAGCCUGGACUUUGCCUGCUAGACCCCAUCAGGCCGAGGUCUCCUACGUCUAUAACUGCCUCAGCACAGGUCUCAGAACCUUCCAUCAGCGUAGAGCAGUGUGAGCAUGUGGUAUCUGAGCUGCAGGACAGCAUGCGCAAAGCCGUUCAUCUCUACCGCAUGGUGUUAAACAAUACGGAGUCUUCUACUGACAAAGAUAAGAUAGCUGGCCUCCUGACUGAAACUUUCUCCUUAAUGAAGAAAGAAUUGGACUCCCUGAAGGAUGACGAGGAGCUUCCAAAGGCUAAGGAGGUGCUGGAAAAGCCGCAAGAUACCAUUAGGCCACUGAGUGAGGGAUGCAGUGCCAAUCUACCCAGUCCCAAGAGUUUGGGGGAUGAGCAGACGCUAGCUUUGCUGGAGCAGUACUCAGAGCUAUUGCUACAGGCUGUGGAACGACGCAUGGACAAAAAACUCUAAAGGGGUGGCUUUCUGGUGUUUGGAUACACAGAAAUAAUCCCAAGAGGAGGACCACAGAAAGAGCCUCGGAGAGAUGGAUCAUCAUGCUGGUCUAGAGGUGGUGGGGAGGCCUUUAUAAAGUUGAUUUCCUCAGGCCCAUACAAGUGACUUGCUCUAAUUCUUAGCAAUGUGCUGGCCACAAUUUUAAUAAUUUUUCCCAAUGCUCUUCAACUUCCUGUCUCUAGACAAAGUCUUGAAAGAGGAGUUUGGAGAAAUUGCUUUGAAAUUUCUUCAUAGCCAGGAUGUCGGGAUGUUUGGCACUUAAAGAAAAAUCCAGUUUAGCCAAGAAAUUAUGAACUGCUGACUAAAAACAAAGGAGUCCAAGUGAAGCCAAUCCCUUCCACUCUAGGGCUUCAUCAGAAUCCAGAAGCAGACUUUUUAUGUGUUUAUUUAUUAAUUUAUUUUUCUGACUGUUGCUCUGUCACAGUUGUGGCUGUUUUCUUUGUCCUUUAACAAAAAAGUCAAUCCCUUUGCUAUAUCCCAGCGAGAAACAAUCUCUAUAUGAUAACCCCCCAACAGGGAGACAGGCUGGAGUGUCUGUGCAAUUACUGAACUGGUUUCUGCUUAAAUCUUGUCUUGCUGAUCUUUCUUUUCCUGCCUUAGUUUGUUACCUGCAGUAAUUCUACUGUUGUCAUGACUACCCUGUCUGCUUUCCCCUUGUUUCAAGGGCAGUCCCCACACUAUAUUUUAUCUGCAUUCACCUCCAGGGGAGAAUUUUGCAACCCUUGGACCAAGCUUUGGAGAUUAUUUAAUGAGAUCAGUAUUGGAAUUUUAACCUGAAAUUUGACAUUAUAGUGAUAUACCGAGUUUUUCUGCAGCCACCCUAAAAAGGGGAUGUAGAUGUAAGUAUGAAAGUUCAUUUCAGCCACCUUUCAUGAUUAGGAACUGCACAUUGACUUUAAUGUUACCAUGGCUCUGGGAAAUUUGGGGGCGAUGAUUUAUUUAAGUGGUGGCAUGGAAAACCUGGUUUCCAUUCUUUACAGCAUAAAUCUGGAUGUGAGAAAUCUUCAGUGCAACUACUACUCCAUAUAAUUUGUUGAUUUCACUGCCUUGAUAGGAGAACGCUUUCUUCUUGCUUUUCCAGAGAAACAGAGUAUUUACAUCCCAAGAAAGGUGGGAUUCUAUUUACUGCCUUUUGUAAAGCUAUUUCAGCUACCCACAGAAAAUGGUCUGCCAAGGACUUCAAACAAGAUAUUUUGGGAUGUGUUUACUACUGUUUUUCCUCUUUGACUUUUUCAUGAAGUUCUUGACUGAGAAACAGAAAAUAUUCCCUCCUUGAAUUUGUGUGUGCAAUACUCUUCUCAUCCUGUGGGACUUCUCCAAGCUGAUGCUAACUUGUGGUGUUAUAGCUUAAAACUGUCCAGUGAUGACUUUGGUCAAUGAUAACAAGCUAAGAAAAAAAAUCAAAACAAUAAAACUCUUCAGCACCUUCCCCUUUACUCCCCCUCCUUUUCCCAGUGGGGACAGAUGCACAGACUGCUUUAUUUCUUCCUUCAUCUCCAUUCUUUCUUGUAUUUAAGACAGAGCAGUACAAUCCCAGUUUAUGAAACGAAUGCAAGGAAGCAAGAAGCUUUUGGUGGGUGAGAGAAUGCUGGCAUCCGUAGGAGACACUUAAAGGGAGCCAGACUGCAACAUGUUGUUCCACAGGUUAAAGGCUUGAAGCAUUUUCUUUUACGUUACUGUUCUGGCUGGUUUGGCCAUUCUUUGAAACCCUGUCGCACUCUGAACUGUGAUCUGUUGACUAACUUGGUUUUCCUGCCUUUCUGUGACUGGAGAUCUGCAGUGCAGCCUUUUUUACUACUGGGCUGGGCAGGCUGGUAUCGGAUGACCUUUUUCUUCAAUAUACUCCAGGGCUGAGGAAUCUGCAGUUCUUGCUCUCCCACCGCAGGUUUGUUGGCUGGUCAUAUUUGCUGGGUGCUUCAGGACUUGGUAGGAUGGGGAGCGCUUUCAGAGCUUUCCAGCCACUUCUGUCUGUAAUUUCAGUCUGCCUAAUCAAAAUGUUUUGGGUGUUCUUGCUAACCUUUUCUCCGUGGGGUUGUACUGAAACUUUGAAAGUGCUAUCUUCUAGUCCUAUUUUAGCAUUGCAUUGUGCUGAAUCAGGUUAGGUGCUGGCUUUCAUGGGCAGUGUCUCUUGUGGAGAGAAGUUUUGCAAAGGAGGACAAAUUGAAAAGUGGAGGAAAUUUCUGGGAAUUUCCUUGAGUGAAGAGGUGUGUUGGAGAUGCUGCAAGUGGGAUGUAUGAUGGCAGUCAUGUUGGCUCUGUGAUAGGGUUAGUCUGGGUCAAGCUUGUUUUUGAGGUGAUUUUUUUCUUCAUCCACUUUCAGACUGUGAACAUAUGUCCCAGUACACAGGAAUUUUUUUUGCUGUACUGGGACCACAAGACACUCAGGUAAAAUAGCAGUCCCUUCAACCCAGGUAUCUUUUGGUAUUGAAGAUAAUGGCUUGAGGGUCUUUUAUAUUACUUCCCUGUGCAAUUUUAUUCCAUUUUAUUGUUUAAAGUAUAAGGUAGUGACAAAAGGGAUCAGAGAUAAUACAGGAGAGCGAGUGGCCAGAAUGAACAGAUCAUGUUUCAGUUCUCAUCAAGGUGAAAAGCAACAACCAGUAAAGCUGACAUAGAGAAAUGAAACAAAGUGCCUUGGAAAUAAGUCACAUCAAGCAAAUCUGAUUUUUAUGCUGAUCAGAGGGUUUUUUUUUUUUUUGCUUCGUAGAAUGGAUUUGGCCUGUGGUCAUGGCUGCAUAUGAGAAACAAACGAGGAUAAAUUCUGAUCAAAAUGAUGGUAAGAGAGGUGCCAAGCAAGUAGAUUAGUUGAGUGGUGGUGGUGUAAUUUAAAGUAAAUUAGAAUAGUAGAUGUAGGACAUUCAGGAAAACAGAUUAGAAGUAGAGAUAGUGUUGGCUUGAGGAACACCAUUGGCCAAUACCUAUGAAAGAUAUAGUACGUGAAGGCUUCAGGAAAGUAGAUUUAGGACAGAGUUGGUGAUCUAUAAUUGAAGAAUGAGUUGGAUGGUUGUUUUAAAGAUGCCUAACUUGGCCUCGUUUCUGUACUUGCUGUCCUCUAAGCAGCUGUGUCUUUAAAGGCAAAGUUGUGAACUGUUUGCCCAAGGCAUACGUGUUAUGAAUUAAGUAGUAGAAGCCUUAAAGAAAAUGCUACUGCCACAAGUUUGUUGAUGAGAGGGAUAAGGAUGCAACUGAUUCUUCCGGGUGACUUCCUAUUGCUGGCAAUAGGAAAUAUUCUUAAAAAUUCCAGUUUACAACACUAAGAGGGCAUGACAGUGUUACAUUUGGUUACCCCUAGUGAGUAUGUUUCACCACAAGCUGUCCAUUUGGUCAGGUAGAGAAAUACUGAAUUGUAAUUGCCUGGAAAGUGAGGAGCUUGUGGGAGAAGGUAAUAUUUGAAUCCAUUUCUUUUGCUGGUGCCAGUGGUUGUUAACGUAGGCACAACCAGAUGUUCACCCCUUUACAUACGUUCUGUCCCUCCUGUCCAACAUUCCUGGCCAAAAUGAGAAGAGUUGUUUUUCAUCUCGACUGUAAAUAGUUUCCCUCUGCCUGAGGGACCCGGUGUUUCGUUCUUUGGCCUGUAAAGUGGCACAGUAGGAAGCGCUGGAAUGGAGAAGGCAGCAACCCCUCUGUUUUUAUCCUGCUGCGGGCAAGUAACUCCUUCCUCCCCAGCACCCAGAGGUGGUGCUUCCGUGAGUCCCGGUUUCUUCCACACCCUCUCUCAGGUUGUCUCCUCUUUUCUAUAGCAUCUCCCAGGUAAUGGUUGGGGCAGGCCUUAUAGUGCCCGCCUUCCCCCCCUUUUGCUGAUUUCAUCACACCUCAGAGGAAUGGGGACAUUUCUCUAAAGGAGUAGAAACAUACAAACUUAAUUUUUUUAAAGAAAGAAUAUGUAUAUAAUUAUAUAUAAUAAAAAAAAUCAAAUACAGGUAUUUAAGCACCAUUGGUAAAUUCAUGCAUGUAUAAGGUCAUCCCCUCGCUCCCCCCCCCCUCGCAUUGGAUGUGUAGCAUCCAGGAUAUUAAAUGACAAACCUCAUUAAAAUUAUAAUGAAGGCAGGUCGUCUUGCAGCCCUUGAGUGCUGGCAAGCAGGUGGUUCCUUCUCUAGGUAAGACUAGACUGUCCAAUAUUUCAAAUUGUGUGUUGUAAAUAAUACACGGGAUUGGACUCCGUAUGUGUAUGGAUAACCUGCUGUAACGCAUGGACAGGGAAAUGCAUGGGGCAGCAAUUUUAGGAAUAAGCCAUGUCCACUCUGCAUGUCUUGCGUAUGCCAUAGGCACCAGACGGAUAACUACAUGUGUUCUUCAACACUACCCUUUUCUUUCACCAGUUAAAAAAGAAAAAAAAAAACCCACACCCUUCCCCCUUUAUUUAUAAACGUGUGUUUUUAUACUUUUGGCUUUAGGUAAAACAACUCUUUAAAAUGUCUUUUUUUAAUUAUUUGAAAAAAAUUUGUUUGUUUGUUGGGUUUUUUGCACUGUGAGGCUUCCCUCUGGGAGCUGUUUUUAACUCUGUAUUCAUUUGUACUCCGUGUCUUAAAACUGGUUCAAUAAAAAUGUGAUCAUUUGUUACAGA